UUUCAUCCCGAUGGGUCUCGCUCCUUACCUCAGGUUUCGGAUUUGUCAAGAGUGUGUGGUGUUUGCGAAGGAGUAUUUUUCUCCAAAUCGUGUCUCAUUGUUGAUGAAAUUUUAAGUGCGUUGUUGUGGUUAUCUUUUUGACGCAGUGUACUAGUUUUGUUCGGUCGUAGAAGAAGAUUGAGAGCAUAUAGUAGAACCAAAGGCCUGAGCCUGAGCCUGUCGUUCGGCUCCGCAACUGUCGGCCUCGCCGCUGGGCCUUUCUUUGGGUGAACUCUUGUCAUUUUCAAGUCCCUGGUACCAUUGAAAUUCUUCUGCUCGGUGAAUUUUGAUGGAACGAGUUCAAAAUGUAUCUCGACAGUUCUCUUGUCACGAGAUAAGAUCUCCCUCUACACAGUCUCGACGAAGUGGCAUUGAGUGUCCUGGUGUUCCUGCCGUCCCGGAACGAUCAAGUUAUUAUGUUUGAUCUGACCGACUACUCAAGGCGAAAUGGCAGGGAAUAUGUCGUCUGCCAUGGAUGUUGAUCCGCCUGCGAGUUUGAAGCGAUCGAAUAGUGCUCCCAUGAUAAACGAACUUAAUUCCAACAUGGCAGCAGCUACAGGGGCAGCAUCCCCCACCGCGGCUGCAGUCAGAGAAACCUCAUCACUUAGUAUAUUUCAAUCAACAAGGACUCGGCGCUUCAGUGGAAGCAGUUUUACUUCCCACAGUGCUGGGAGUUCUCCCAGACCUUCACCUCGAGUCAGUCAGUUGAAAAAAGAAGAAUGUUUAGAUAUAGCAAGAAGUGAAGCUGCUCAUGAGAAAGAAAUACAUUCAGCCAUUCAGAUGUCACAAUCAUGUGAGGAUCUUACGUUAGAUCUAGCUGGAAACCUCAGUUGCAGUGACAAUGAGUCGGAGAGAAAAAUUCUUGGGCCACGAGAACCACUUCAUCUCAAUCUGCCGCCCCAUUCUCCUGUAUGCUCUUCACCUUCACCAACCCGAUCUGGCCUGAACCGCCAACUUUUUACACCAAUGGGAAAUAGUCCCACAAGAAAAUCAUAUACUACUAGACGCAGUCAAAGCCCUCAAAUGCGAGCCAGCACCUUGGGCCCUGCAGUGAAGAGAAAGUUUGAAUUAGAUGAUGCUGAGCAAUACCGAUCCCCUCCAACCAAGCGAUUGAGCACAGGAAAUGGAAGUGGUAAUGGAAGUGGUCUCCUUAUGGCCCAGCACAGACUAGACCAAGGAUCAAGUCCUCUACCAGGGUCUUUGAGCUCUGUUGGUACUCCUGAUUCUUUGUCUAGUGCAGACUCUCCUAACUUUACGUUUCGACCCCUGGACAGUCCUUCACCAGGACAAGCACACACUGGUCCAUCGGAUCACAGCCCUAGCUAGUGAACAAAGUGUGUUAUAUUUUCUCUAGUCGUUAAAGCAUAACCUACAGUAAUGUGUUGAAGCCUUCUGCAUUCUGUAGAUCUUAUUCCUCAGGCUGUUGCUGAAGCUGUCUUAAGACCUUACAUCCCAUCCUGUAAAUAGAACUGGGCUCUGUCUGUUGGUGGCUAUGAUACCAACACUGCUACUAUUCAUGUGAAUAGAGACAUGUUGAUCUAAGCCUAGAUUAAACACCAGACAAGUCACUGACAAUCGUAGUACCUUUUUUCCAUAGGUACUGCUCCAAACGCAACUCAGUUGUGUGACAUGUUUCAAAAACUGGGCAUGUGUUGGUUGGUGCAUUGCCUUCAUGAAGACUGAUUGGAGAGGCAAGGUGGAUGCUUGUAAGACUGAAAGUAUGUUCUUCUCUAUCAGAUGCAAAUCAUCUCUAGUCAGAGUUUGGCAGGCUUUGCAACACUGUUAGUAGAAAUUAUCACCCAAUUAUUGAAUUACCGUAUUAACAUUUCAUGGAACUGUUGUUUUUCAUUAUCAUUGUUAAGUACAUAUAGAGGAAAGGGUGGACUUUGAUUCCAUAUUAGUUUUAUUUGUUAUCUGUGAAUUAUGUUAGUGAAACAUCACUGGACUUUUCUAAAAAAUGAAGUUUUGGAUUUUUUUUCUCCAAGGUAAUUAAAAAAUAAUAAUGAGACCUGCGUAGACUUGUGAUUCUUACUCAAAUGGAGCUACUCAUCAAUUUAUUUUAGCUGUAGUAAUUUUGCCUUCAGCUUGUUGAAUGAAGAAUGUGUGGUUAAUCCAGCUUGAUGUUUACCAAUUAAACUUAGCAGUCCUCUUGAUUCUUUCUUACUCUUCUGGAAGGACUUUUCCCUCUGUAUUUAUAUAAUUAAUUAGUCGUCAAUGGAAAGAUAAGUCUAUAAACUUUGUCAUUGCAAAUGACUUUUCUUUGAGGAGCGAAUGGAGUUAAGCUACAAUACAUGCCAUUUAUCCCUCAAACAUCCUUUAAUGAUGUAAUUUAUCUGCGUAUCUUCUGAAUAACUUUAAAACUCCUUCAAUAACUCUUUUGCAAACAUUUUGAGAAGCUGUGUUGUGUAGUACAAAUCAAGGAGUCUGGGAAAUGUUUCUCCUCAAUAGUGGACCCAGUUUUCUCAUGAUGAACUUUUAUGUCUGUUACAAAUUUAUUUCUUUUACAGAGCCUUUUUUUAUUUGACUCUUCUCACAUCAUGGUUAAAUUAGAGUGAGUUGAAUUUGUUUAACUGUUUUGUGUAACUUUAAAACAUGGAAUAUUGGUUUAAAACAAAUCAAAGUCCUGACAGAACUUUCAUCAGUAGAGUGCUAAGAGUAACAAGAGACUAUGGUUUUUUUAUCUGUUUGUGACUAUGUUUUAUUUUUAAACGUCACAUUUUAUUAUCAGUGCAUCUAAAUUUCACCGCGUGGUUUUGUGUUACUUGCGCCAAAGUUGAGAAACCAAGCAGUUUCCUUGUGUGUAACACUUUGUGUUUUUUUUACAAUGUUCUGUGAGAAGCCUUCUUACUCUAACUCAUUUUUUCAUUAAAAUUUGGCAUGUCAAAA